AGAGCGGAGAACGGGAGCGUCGGUGCGCCUGCCGGCCGUGACCACAGCCAUGGAGCCGUUCUCGGGUAUCCCCGCUGUCGUCGCGUUGGUCGCGGUGGCCGCGACGGCGCUGCUGCUGCUGCUGCUGAGAAGGGCGGGGCGGGGGCCGGGCCGCCCUGUCACGCUGCGGGACCCGCAGGCCAAAUACCCGUUGCCGCUGGUGGGCAAAGAGGAGAUCAGCCACGACACUAAGAAAUUCCGGUUUGGGCUCCCUUCACCAGAUCAUGUCUUAGGAUUACCCGUAGGCCAACACGUUUACCUUUCUGCAAAAAUCAAUGGCAAUCUGGUGAUCCGAGCUUAUACCCCAGUUUCCAGUGAUGAGACAAAAGGUUAUGUUGAUUUAAUUAUAAAGGUUUACUACAAAAAUGUGAAUCCUAAGUUCCCAGAAGGUGGGAAGAUGUCCCAGUACCUAGACAACAUGAAGAUUGGAGAUGUUAUUGACUUCAGGGGGCCAAAUGGACUGCUUGUCUACAAGGGGUCAGGUACCUUUCUGAUCAAGCCUGAUAAGAAGUCUGAAGCACAGAAGAAGUUUGCAAAGCAUGUGGGGAUGAUAGCUGGGGGAACAGGAAUAACCCCUAUGUUGCAGCUGAUCCAUCAUAUCACAAGUGAUCCUAAGGACUCUACAAAAUGUUACCUCCUUUUUGCUAAUCAGACAGAAAAGGAUAUAUUGCUCAGAGCUGAGCUAGAAGACAUUGCUAAGAGGCAUCCUGAUCAGGUCACACUCUGGUAUACGCUGGACAAGCCUCCACAAGAUUGGAAGUACAGUUCUGGCUUUGUCACUGCAGACAUGAUUAAAGCUCACCUCCCUUCUCCUGGCAGUGAGACGCUCAUUCUUAUGUGUGGGCCACCACCUAUGAUUCAGUUUGCAUGUCAGCCUAACCUGGACAAACUCGGCUAUCCCAAGAGCAUGACAUUUUCUUAUUAACAGUGAUGUCAUCCAAGCUCUUUUUCUUAAGUAUUAUGCUGAGAGUGUUCUCUCUGAACUGUGUGGAUUGUUCAGAAGGCUUAUGAGCACCCUGAUGCUUCCACAUGUGCCUCAGUACUAACCAUUUUAGACAAAACAGGAAACUACAGAAAGAGCCCUAUCAACACUUCAACUUCAAGGCCUACAAUUUAAAGUAAUCACACAGAAAAUUUUGUUGCAGAGUACAGCAAGCAUCAUCCUAGUAUUCUAGUUAUAUUUUGCAUUAAUUAUUUUGCAUUAGUUAUUUUGAUUGUGCUUUGAGUUAGCUAAAGAUUUGUGAACAAGCCAUCUUGAUUGUCACUCUCCUGCAAGGGCUUGGUUGGAUACAAUUACAGUUUAUUUUUCCUAUUCUAAACCAUGCUUAUUGAACAACAAAAAAGGGCAGGGUAUAUUCUAGUGAAAGGGGUGAGGGUCCUUCUAUGGCAAAGUAUCUCUGGCAUGACUGCAGUAAUAAUGAGCCAUGACAGGUGUGCUUGCCAGCACAUCUGAAUUGCUAGGUGGCUCUGAUUAGUCCAUGUGGUAUAAUAGAAUAUUAAUGAUUCCUGCAUUACAACUUAAUUAUAAAAAUUAAAAAAAUAUAUAUAAAAGACUUUUUCUAUAGCAGUACAUAAACAUACCAUGUAAAAGAUGAUAAAAUAUAAGGGUAAAACAUACUGGCUUUCCAGACUCUGCAUAAAAAACAACUGUGUAGCACUUCUUUCAGCACCUCUUUUACGUUAUAUCAUAUGGAAAGAGUGCAGAGGAGUUACCUGUGAAGUGUUGCCCUGCUAGCAAUACUAAAUACUAUGUGGUGUGUGUCACUAGAGGAAAAGAGGUAAAGCUUUUCUGUACCACAGCAUCAGGCUUCUCCUGGCCUGCCCCAGGCAGGCAUGAGGUAUUAGUGGUCUUGGUCACGCUGAAAUAUCAUCUCCAAUCUUCUAAGGUAGGUGUUAAAAAUCUGCUGUCGUUUAGCAUUUCAUCUUGGCUUAACAUUGUCUGAAAAAAAUCACAGCAAUAUUAAAACAAGUAGACAUAGUCUACUCUAUGUCCAUAGUUUAGAGAAAUAACUAUAGUUUAGAGAAAUCCAACUGUAAUGAGAUCAGAUUCACAACAGAGGGGGUUAGAGCCACGCAAAAUUAAAUUGGAAUCUCCCAAAUGGCUGCUUUAAAUAGCAAAAGUAGAUAUUUUCACACAGAUGUGUGGCAUUGUUCAUACACCUUCAGUCAAUUAACUAAUUUAACAAAAAUGGACCAACAUGGAGUCAGGAGUACAUAGUUAUUAAUUUCCCUGUGAUAUUUUCUCUCUUGUACAUCUUCAAGUCUUACCUCUUUGCCAGUCCUUGGGAGGGAUGCCUCUUACUGUGUCACAGAGAUAAAAUUGGUGAAAACUUAGAAGAUGCUGAAGUGAAACUUAAUUUCUAGUAAAAGUGAUUCUUUUGUUGAGUGUCCAUGCAUGCAUAGAGCAUGCAGCCAAGCUAUAAAGGAGGUGCAUAACAAGAGUAGUGACCCACUUACUCUUAACCACCACUAGCAAUACCCAAAUUUCUCUGAGUUGUAGCAGAUUACUUUUGUGACUUCAAAAGGAAUAAAAUUGGUACAUACCGUAAGAUUGCUUAUGCCUUGAGAAAAAGCCCCUAUUUGCUUUACUGUUCCUUCUGAGUGUUCCAUCUGUAAAAGUAUUCAGCAGCUAAUUCAAUUCAGACAGUAUGUGCAAUGUUAUUCACUGUACAUGCAUCAUGGGGAGGUACCUCUGCCUUGACAAAGGGAGAUGCUGUAGUUUUAAAAGCUAAUUUCAGCACAUUUCCAAGUUGCACGUGAAUAAAAAUGUCUCCAUGCUGUAGAGUGUAUGAAAAUGCAUUAACAAAGGAUUAAAUCCUGAUUAAGAGAACUGAUUUAUGGAACCCGAUCUGUAAUUUAGACAAGAAAAGGAAUAGCAUAAAUAACUAUCAGCCAAGAGUAAUAUUUUCCAGAAGAUGAAACACGUAAUUCCAGUAGUAGAACUGCCUCCAUAGGCAAGCAAUAACAAUCCCACCUCUGCUUACACAAAAAGGCUAUCAGUACUAGGGCACUGAGGUUUUGCUGUGUGACCACACUGGAAAUCAGGCUUAAGUUAAAGGCCACUCUGCUAGUGAAAAAUAGAAUAUUUCUGUAACGUUUGAAUAGCUCUGUGUUGUAAGCUGUCAGCUCAGAGUUAAUGCAUUUCCUUUCAACUCAUAAUUGUGUAAAUGGACAUCCGUACUAAAUUAGUGUGUAUAUUUGAUUGUCAGGGCUUACUACUGUCACCAUGUAGGAGCAGCUCUGGAUUUUUACUACGGUGCACACUAAAAAAGACAACAGUUAGAUAAUGAAAACGAAUGAGAUGUUAGAUGCAGUAAACCAUGCAAAUGACAGAAUGACUUCCACAGGAUUAGCAACUUUGUGGCCAUUCUCUCACUGAGUUUAAAAUGUUUCACUAUGGUCACUGGAAUUAGAAGGCUGUACCCCAGCUGCCUCUUUGUGGGUCUUGCAUGUUGUCAAGUCCACACAAACCUCUGGUAGCUCCGUUUUUCAGGGUUUACAUUCCUUUACACAACAGCAAAGUACAGUAGAGUUUGGUGGGUUUUAAUUUUCAUCAUUUAUGCAAUGUCUGGACACAGUUUCAUUAAGCAGUUCACUACUAAAUGACAAAAGUGAAUUAUUUAAGUGUUGGUUUAUUAAUAAUUUUGUUCAUUACUGAGGCCAUUGUUUCCAUGUCUACUGUUUAAGCCUAACUACUUCCCAUGUACAUAAUGCAGUUGGAAUCCUUGAUUAAUCUGUUAGAAAUCUAUGAUCCAGUUGUACUUUAAUAUAUAACUCGAUAGUUCUGUACAAAUUAGUCCAAAUAAACUUAUCACAUUAAAAACUGCCCAUAUAAAGAAAAAA